CGACCAAAUAAUGGAGGGCUUGAGUCACAAGUCUAUUAUAUAUCUGAUACUUGACUAUCUUCAGAGGAACAAACUCUUCAGAUCCCUCCUGUCUUUGGAGACUGAGACCCAGAUAGAGUUGUACAAAUAUUCAAAGGAGAUUAAGUUCUUCAGAAACCUCAUAAUCGAAGGUCAGUGGGAAGACGCAGAGAACUUCCUUCAGCCGCUUAAAUUGAAAUAAGAAUUUCAACCAUAACGCGGUGGUCUUUGAACUUAGGCGACAGAAGUUCCUUGAGAUGGUUGACCAGAACGAGUCUUAUAAAACUUAUGUAAAGGCAUUAAAGGAUCUUGAGGAGUUAUGCCCAAAAGAAGAGUUCAACUCAUUAUGCUACUGCUUGACAAUUUCAAGUCUUAAUGAACACCCUGACUACCAAAAAUGGAGUUCCCAAAAUGGUCGUUUCCAGGCAUUUGAAAACUGUAAGAAGCAUCUCUGUUCAGUUUUUACUCUUCAGGAGGAUGCCAAGGUAAACCUAGAGUCAAGCUUAGAAGAGCUUCUUCAGUAUUCAUACAAUACUUUGCAUCGUAAAGCCAGUGAGAUGAUUCAAAAAGAACUAAAUAAAAGCAUUAGUUCUUCUGCACAGAAAUAAAGACCAGGAUUAUUCACAGUAUGAAUCUUACAAAAGUAGAGGGAAAUCAUUUAAAAGUAAAUACCAGAAAUAUCCUGAAGACAAGUCCUCGUCCAUGAUGCUGAUAGGCCUCCAGGAAAAAGAGCAGAUGCUAAUGAUGUCUGAUCCGGAAGUAGCCAAUGAGAAUAGAAAUUCAUUUGAUGACAACAACCUUGAUCGAGAUACCUCUUGCCUCAGAACCAACCAGGAUGAUAGUCAGGACCAAGUAAGUGUCCAUAGAGAUACUUCGAUGAUAAACCAGAUUCCUAGUUCUCAUCUGGAUGAAGUACAUUCAAAGCUCUUCAGAGAGAGUAUGAGGAAGGGAAGCCCCAUUGGUGUAAGAACUCUAGAGAGAAACCAAGAUACUAACAUGAGUAAAAUAUUAUCCCAAAGUUACCCUAAUAACAUUCUUGAUCACGAAGAUCAAGAUCUUAUCCAAGAAGAAGAGGAAGAAGAAACUGAAGGUGAGAUCUCUUUUAGUCAAGAAGGAAUCAACCCAAGCCAGCUUCAAGCAAGUGAGAGAUCUUUAAAUACACAACAGAAGGAUGAUUUUAUUCCACAGGAAGAUAGGAUGUACAACUUCCAGAAUAAUCUCUAUUCUGAGUCCAACCUUGAAAGUGAGAAUGACCUUAACCCACUUGGGCUUGUUGAAAGAGGAAUUCUAACAGACUCUCUUCCCAUCAGAACAGGAUGCUUCAAUGGAGACUAUCUAGCGAUUGGAACCAAUUCCCAAAGCUUAAAGAUAUGAAACAUUGCUAAAUUUAUGGGUGAUUUUGGAGAAAGACCUCUAAGUGACCAGCCUGAUUUCCUUCCUAAGGUAGAGACAGACGAAAGCUUGGAAGAAAUUCCAGUAAUAUUUAACCAACUCAACCACCACGAGGGUUCAAUUUACUGACUUGACUGGACAAGAUGUGAAAGGUUAAUAGCUUCAGGUUCAAAUGAUAGGAAAAUAAAAAUCUUAGUAUGCCCACCUCUCAAUGAACUGGAAGAGGGAGAGGAAUCAGACAACCUCCUUGAACUUACUCUUAUAGGCCACCAAGCCAUUGUCAGAACUCUCUGAUUUGAUCCUGAUAAUGAACUCAGCUUGGUCUCCGGAGGAGAAGGAGAUUCAUCCCUAAAAAUCUGGAAUACAGAGACAGGUGAAAACAUUCUUGACCUUGAAGGCCACUCAGAUGGAAUAUUUUCUAUCAGACCAAACUUUGAUGGAUCCUUUUUUGCCAGUGUUGGAAAAGACAUGUUGCUCAAAGUAUGGGAUCUCCGUCAAAACAAAUGUGCAUUUUCAAUUGAUUGAUCUGAGUUUGGUGAAACAACUUGAGUCAGUUUGAAUUCUGAAGUUCAUAACAUACAUUCAAAAAUAGCAGCAGUUUCGCAUACUUUUGGAGGCAUCUCAAUUUGGGAUCUCAAUAUGAGAAAAUGAGUCAAUGAUAUAAAGGCUCAUGAAAAAGAGACAAGGAGUGUUAGUUUCAGCUAUGAUGGGAAAUAUUUGGCUUCCGGAGGUUUUGAUUCAACAAUCCAAAUAUGUGAUCUCUUAAAAGAAUGAGAAAUAGUGCAAACUCUCCACCAUAGCAAUAAAGUGAUCAGUGUGAAGUGGCAUAGCCAACAGUCCAUUCUUCUCUCAACCAGUGCAGAUAAGACUGCCAAAAUAUGGAGCCCUUCGUAUUAACUUGGUUAUUUAUCUCAAUAA